UUCUACAGUAUUCUUGGUUGUCUAGCUUUUGGAGAUGGCCGGAAAAACAUUUUCCGGCGAGUUUCCAGCUACGGAAUCGAAGGCACCGAUAUGGGUUUCGAGGAUCCGAAAAAUGCCGAAAAUAUUAGCAAAGAACGUAUGGAAGGUUGGGAAAGAAGACCCAAGAAGGGUGGUGCACUCUCUCAAAGUUGGCUUAACUCUAACUUUAGUUUCUUUCUUGUAUCUCAUGGAGCCUUUGUUUGAAGGCAUAGGGGCGAAUUCCAUUUGGGCAGUCAUGACUGUGGUUGUAGUGCUCGAGUUCACAGCUGGUGCAACAUUAUGCAAAGGAUUAAACAGGGGAUUAGGGACGCUUAUCGCGGGUUCGUUGGCGUUCUUCAUCGAAUUCAUUGCAGAGAAAUCGGGAACGGUCGGCCGAGCUGUUUUUAUCGGCAUUGCAGUGUUUCUUAUAGGCGCAGCGGCUACCUAUAUCAGAUUUGUUCCUUACAUAAAGAAGAACUAUGACUAUGGCGUCGUAAUUUUCUUGCUUACCUUCAAUUUAAUUACAGUUUCGAGCUUUCGAGUGCAUAACAUAUUACAAAUGGCGCACCAACGCUUCUAUACGAUCGCCAUAGGUUGUGGCCUCUGUCUUCUGAUGAGCCUCCUCGUCUUCCCCAUUUGGUCUGGCCAAGACCUCCAUGAUUCUACUGUUUCGAAGCUCGAAGGCCUCGCGAAAUCACUUGAAGCUUGCGUGAACAAGUACUUCGAGGACCCGGACCAAGAAAUUAUCAGCACAGAGUCCUCAGAAGAUCCCAUAUACAAUGGUUAUCGAGCCAUUCUGGAGUCAAAAUCCUCAGAUGAAUCUUUGGCAUUGUUUGCGAGCUGGGAACCUCGACAUUCUCGACGUUGUCAUCCAUAUCCAGGGCAACAGUAUGUUAAGCUUGGAGCUGUCCUCAGACACCUUGGAUACACAACAGUGGCCUUGCAUGGUUGUGUUCAAUCAGAAAUUCAGACACCACGCUCAGUGUGCAUACUGUUCAAAGAGCCAUGCAAGCGGCUUGCCGGAGAGGUGUCGAAAGUGCUAAAUGCGCUGGGCGACAGCAUAAGAAAUAAGCGCAUGUGUUCGUCGCAACUUCUCUCGGACAAGUUACACGAUGCUUUACAGGACCUCAACACUGCCUUGAAAUCGCAACCCCGCCUCUUCGUUGGCUCCAACCAUGGCUCAGGCCAUGGCCACUCUGAUCGCAAAUCUCCACGGUUUUCAUCUUUUGUUGACCAACUAACCCCAAAACAUGCCAAUGCCUCAUCCCCUGUAAACCGGAUUCCGAUCAAGGACAUGGGAAUAUCAUCCCCUGCAGUCAAGGUUCCACUCAAAGAUGCAGGAAAUUCACCUCACGCCAACCAAAUAUCAGCAAAAGAUGCCGGAAAUUCACCUCAUGCCAACCAAAUGUCAGCCAAAGACACCGGAAAUUCACCUCACGCCAGCAAAAUUUCAUCCAGAGAUGAAGAAAAUUCACCUCAUGCUGGCCAAAUUCCGACUAGAGAGUCCGGAGUCUCAUUACCCUCAGUGAAAACUGACACCUCUGCAUUGCUCGAAUGGAAAGGCAAGAGGCUCACUUCUUGGAAUAGGGAUAGGGAAAAGUCAGCAAGUCCAAGAGUUCUAAGGCCAACACUCAGUAAAAUCAUGCUUACAACCCUUGAGUUUUCGGAGGCCCUGCCUCUCGCUGCAUUCGUAUCAUUGCUUGUGGAAACAGUUGCAAGGCUCGAAUGUGUGGUCGAGGAGGCGGAGGAGCUCGGAAGGCUCGCCGGAUUUCAAGAGAUCGAUGAGGCACCGGUCAGUGAGGUUUUAAUAGAGUGUGAGAAGCCAAAAGAGAAGAACGAUAAGAAACUGCUAAGUCACACGGUGAGCGUUGCCAUAGAUUGACGAGGAGAGGGUUGGCCUU